AUGACAUUUUUGAAGUUGGAGGACUACGUCAUAUUUGUGUUAUGCCUGAUUUCAUCACUUGGAAUUGGCCUCUUCUAUGCGAUUCGUAACAGAUCUAAACAGAUCACUACUAAACGAUUCAUACUAGGAGAUGGUAAAAUGGCUAUAAUCCCGGUUGCCUUUUCUAUGAUGGUGACGUUUGAGUCUGGUAUUAUGAUGUUGGGAAUUCCGGCGGAAGUGUACAUGUACGGUAUGCAGUGGUACAUGUCGUCAAUAGCUGGUUUCGUAUCCCAUAUGCUGUGUCUUCAUAUACUUAUUCCUUCGCUAAAACAGUUGAAUGUUACAAGUGUGAAUCAUGUGAACUAUCUCGGAACUGUUACAUUUGUGCCGGCUGUUACGUUGGAAAUGGUGGCUGGAAUUCCUGUUUGGAUCUCCGUUACCACAUUGAUGGGCGUGGUUGUUGUUUAUACGAUAAUUGGUGGACUCACGGCAGUGAUAUGGACAGAUGUUCUACAGGCCAUACUCAUGUUCGGUGGCAUGAUUGCUAUAAUAUUUAAGUUGAUGGUGAAAAUGGUCCAUGACAUAUCAAAGAGAACACCCGGUCUCCCGGUGUUACUUUUCGGAGGGAUCGCUUUACUUGUUACUUUUGUCAUAUCUGGAAUCGAGGGACCAAUAUCACGGAUACUUGAUAUUACUGGAGCUUGUUUUGCUGGUGCUAAAGUAGGUGUGUAUGUCCUUGGAUGGUUUAUACCGAGAGCCAAUGCGUUGGGCGGAUUCGUUGGUGGCUUGGUGUGUGUACUAUUUGUAGGAUGGAUAUCAGUAGGGAAGUUGAUUUCAUCAGGAGUGCGUGUAAAUGCAAAAUUAGAACCGGCAUCAACGGAAAAUUGUCCUCUGGUCAACAUUUCUGGAUUUACCAAUGGAAAUAUUUACGAGCAAAUGAUGACAGAAUUUAUGUCAAAUGAUACUGAUUCAAUUGCGGGGGCGAAGCAUAUGACCGUCACUCAAGGACCACAAGGCCUUGAUGUACUGUACUCCCUGUCGUACAAAUGGUUGCUUCCAAUCGGCAUCUGCUUAGUCGUCGGAGUUGGAGCUCUCGUCAGCCGUUUACAAGCUCGGAAGCCUGUCGAUCCAUCGUUGAUCGUACCGGUGUGUGAUUAUCUGUGUUGCUGUAUUCCCGAAAGAAUCCGAAAGAAGUUCCGGUGCGGAAUAAAGUAUCCGGGAAGAGAUGAGGUAACAGCCCAGAAUGAGGAAACUGCAGUACAACUAAUUGAAAUGGAACCAAUAACAGACGAUAUUUCUGUCAGGAAAUGAAUACAGCAUCCUAUAACAAUAUUACAUGUGUCAUACGGGUUGGAUUUGACCAAAUCCUUUUGCGUCAUAAUGAUAUUUUUGACUCUGGGCGGUCACAAUGGAUAACGUACUAGGUUUUUUUCCGAGACGACCAGCCUGUGAUUUCUCUAUUUCGCGACCACUUAGCUUUAUCAAAGAACUCCGGUUUAUUCUUUCAACUUCAUGCUACCGUUUGGAACAACGGUGAUUUAUUUGAUUUUAAUCCAUUUGUUUCUUACUGGCUGCUCAAUUGUUAACUGAUAAAAAAAAAAAAUUAAUAAAACAUACUUUCCUAUCAAUACUCACU